AUGGCAAUGGUGUCUGUAAGAGGUCUCUUCUUCAUCGUUACUCUUUUCCUGGGCAGCUUUUUUGGCAGCGUGUUUAUGUUGGGUCCAGUUUUGCCUGUGAUGCUGUUGUCACCUGCGUGGUACCGCUGGAUUACUGACCGCAUUGUUGCCACCUGGCUCACUCUUCCAGUGGCAUUGUUGGAGCUGGUGUUUGGGGUGAAGGUGGUGAUAACAGGUGACGGUUUUGUGCCUGGUGAGCGAAGCGUAAUAAUAAUGAACCAUCGCACCAGAUUGGAUUGGAUGUUCCUGUGGUGUUGUCUGUUGAGGUUCAGCUACUUGCGUCUGGAGAAGAUCUGCCUUAAAGUGGCGAUAAAGGUUGUGCCUGGAUUCGGUUGGGCAAUGCAAGUCGCCUCCUUCAUCUUUAUCCAGCGUCGCUGGGAAGAUGACCGCAGUCACAUGACCAACAUGCUGCAGUAUUUCUGCCACAUCAAAGAACCGGUACAGCUUCUGCUGUUCCCAGAGGGAACCGACCUCACUGAUUACACUCGUGCCAAGAGUGAUGAGUUUGCUGAAAGAAACGGUCUUCCAAACUAUAAGUUUGUCCUUCACCCACGUACCACCGGCUUCACCUUCAUCGUAGACACACUGCGCAAAGGUGGUAACUUGGAUGCUGUCCAUGACAUUACUGUUGCAUAUCCUCAAAACAUCCCACAGACGGAGCGCCACCUGGUCCUGGGCCUUUUCCCACGCGAGAUUCACUUUCAUGUGCAACGCUACCCACUGUCGUCUCUGCGCCGAUCAGCUGCGCAGCUGCAGUCCUGGUGUCAGGAACGCUGGGCUGAAAAAGAACAGCGUCUGCAAGAGUUUUAUCAGGCUUCUCCGCGCGCAUUUGACUCCCCUGAAGCUCGUGUGCCUCCAUGUAAGAGCGAGCUGAGAGUAUCACUUAUUAAAGCUGCUUCACGUCUGUACUGGAGCUUCUUCAUCGCUCUGUCUUUUGUGGGGCUGUGGCUCUGGGCUCCCGCACGAGUCUACUUCCUGCUAAUGGUGAUCUUCUUUCUGGGUCAGCAACGGCUAAUGGGCGGAGUUGAGAUGAUGGAAUUGGCGUGUCAUCGAUAUUGGAUUGGUGACGGUUCAACGGACGAACAAAGCAAUGGAACAGAGUUAAAAAAUGAAUGAGAAGAGAUGCUGGACCACGAUUUGCAGUGCGUUUGCUUGUUUAAAGUUAACAGUGGCGCCUCCUGCUGGCUAAGAGCCGCACCAGAGACACAGAGACUCUGAAAAAUAGGAAAUAAGGGGUUUACAAAAUGUCAUUUUCUUAUAUGAUCAAAAAACUCAUACGCAAUUGGUUCCCAAUUACCAGUUAAGGGUGUACAUGUGUCUGUGUUUGUGGCUUUGAGUAUGUUGUUUAUGACAAAUUUGUAUAACAACACGAGUAGUAAAUGGGCAUUACAACAUAAACAUGGACACUUCAAAAACCCAAUCAUUUAAAAUGUGAGCACGUUUUUAUUUUUAUCAAAAACGCUAAAGAUAAGAGUGAUGUUUAGGGGUGGGGAUAGAAAAAUUAGCUCAGUAUGAAAACCAUUACAGCUAAACUGCAUUUGCCAAUCUUUGUUUGUGUGUGUGUAUCUCUAAGGAUUGUUUUAAUAUUGUUAUUUUACACUCUUUUCUAUUUGUUUCUUUUGUCUGAGUUUCAUAUUUAUGUAUAUUUGUUUAGAUUGCUUUUAAACAUUUUUUUCUUUUGUUUUGUUCUUUUAAUUUUAUUUAUCUUACUAGUAUGCUACAGAAGCAUAGUUCAUUACCACUGUUUGUAAAACAGCAGCAAUACAUUGUUUCGGCUUUUUGUUUGUGUCAGACAUCAAAAAACGCUGCUUUUUGAAUGCAUGAUUGCUGCGGCCGUUGCAUAUGCUGCAGUUUCAAUGGGCCGGCCGUUCGCUCGCGUUAAUCUGUCUGUGAUGUCACACGGUCUUUUGGUGAUGUUAAAUUAGCCGCUUCUUCAGUCAAGAGCGAGUUGCUGUGAAAAUGCUACAUGAUUUCUUUGUGUUACUCUUUAUGAAUAUUUACUACAUUAGAAUCUUACACAUCAGGACAAUGUUGAGUUACCAAUAUACUACGUUUCUGAAUAAUGACUCAAUUGAAUGGUUCAGAUUCUUAUCCUGCUAUCAUUUAUAUCCCUUGUUUUUUCUUCUGUUAAUUUUUGUUUUUAUUUACAUUACCCUUCUCCCUGUCUGUCUCACCUUUGGCCUAUGAUGUGACAUUGCUUGUCAAAUGCACAUAUUUACAAACUACCAGAACACUAAUAUUUACAUUGGCUGCAUGUUAAUAAUUCAUGUGUCAUAGUAGUAAAACAUGUUUAAAUAGCCAAUGUAAAUGACUAGUACGUAAAUGACUUGUGUUGAUUAGUAUUUGCACUGGUUUUAGAGUUAAUCUGGUACAUAAAUUACUUUGACCUGUUCACUGUGAUGGAAAACGUCUGCAUGAAUAAAUGUCAAAAUGGGUCCUGCA